AUGUUAAAAUCCAAAGUGCAAGCAUCCGCCUCUUCCACUGACUGAUGAACUUCAAAACAGCCUUUUCUAGGCGUGACCCUCUUAGAGAGUGAGGUGGUUAGAUUGAACGUUGUUGGCCUUUUGAAAUCGUACAAAUAUGCUGUCGUUGACGUUGAGGCAAAUCGCACGGCCAUUGUGCCUGCGUGCCCCGGUGGCCCUGAGCAGCGUUGGGGCGAGGAGGAGCCAGCAUGCGGCUACCCGUAGUGUGGAACAGGAGGCCCCGUGGACUGGGCAGGACAGUCUGGCCCAGGACGACCCGGAGAUGUGGAACUUGCUGCGGAAAGAGAAGGACAGGCAGUGUCGGGGACUGGAGCUCAUUGCCUCUGAGAACUUCUGCAGUCGGGCUGCGCUGGAGGCCCAAGGAUCCUGCCUCAAUAACAAGUACUCAGAGGGCUACCCAGGCAGGAGGUACUACGGUGGAGCUGAGGUGGUAGACCAGAUAGAGUUGUUGUGCCAGAAGAGAGCCCUGGAGGCCUUUGACCUGGACCCUGCCCUGUGGGGGGUGAACGUCCAGCCCUACUCUGGCUCUCCCGCCAACUUCGCUGCCUACACCGCCGUCCUCAACCCUCAUGACCGCAUCAUGGGCCUGGACCUGCCUGACGGUGGACAUCUGACCCAUGGUUACAUGUCUGACACCAAGAGGAUAUCUGCUACCUCCAUCUAUUUUGAGUCCAUGCCCUACAAGCUCAAUCCUGCCACAGGGCUCAUUGACUAUGACCAGCUGGAGAUGACUGCCCGUCUCUUCCGGCCCAAGUUGAUCAUUGCAGGCACCAGCGCCUACGCUCGCCUCAUUGACUACGCUCGCAUCAAGAAGUUGUGUACGGAGGUGAAAGCCUACCUGCUGGCUGACAUGGCCCACAUCAGUGGUCUGGUGGCUGCGAAGGCUGUCCCCUCGCCAUUCAAGUAUGCUGACAUGGUCACCUCCACAACACACAAGUCCCUCCGGGGAGCCAGGGCUGGUCUGAUCUUCUACCGUAAGGGCGUGCGUUCUGUGGACAAGAAGGGGAAGGAGAUCCAAUAUGACCUGGAGGACCGGGUCAACUUCGCUGUGUUCCCCUCUCUUCAGGGGGGACCCCACAACCACGCCAUCGCCGGGGUGGCUGUCGCUCUCAAACAGGCCCAGACGCCGAUGUUCAGAGAGUACAUUGGCCAGGUGAUGCGUAACUCCAAGGCCAUGGCUGAGGCCCUACUGAGCAAAGGAUACACGUUGGUGUCAGGGGGGACGGAGAACCAUCUGGUGCUGGUGGACCUGAGGCCUAAGGGCAUUGAUGGAGCCAGAGCAGAGAGAGUUCUGGAGCUGGUGUCCAUCACAGCCAACAAGAACACCUGUCCCGGGGAUAAGAGUGCCCUGGCGCCUGGGGGCCUCCGGCUAGGUGCCCCGGCGCUGACCUCCAGGCAGUUCAAGGAGGCAGACUUUGUCCAGGUGGUGGAGUUCAUGGAUGAAGGCUUUAAGAUCGCCCUGGACGUCAAGAAGAAGACUGGGAAACUUGCAGACUUUAAGAACUUCUUGUUGGAGGAUCCAGAGACGGUCUCUCGCAUGGCAGAGCUGAAGAAACGAGUGGAGGCCUUCGCACGUCCCUUCCCUAUGCCCGGCUUCGAGGAUCACUAGGCCCUCGGCUUCGAGGAUCACUAGGCCCUCCACACACACACAAAGAGAGAGGGGGAGGGAGAGUCAGUCGAGUAUUUACAUUCCAAUAUCCAACACUAGCGUACUACUUAGAAGGAAGCAGAAAUGUAUUUGGAGGUGAAUUUGAAGUGGUAGGCUAUUAUGGACAUUGGGAACUUGGUGGUGGUCAGUGAUUGGAGUCAGACCUGGCGUAACCUCACAGACUUAUCCAAACAGAUGGGAGACCUUGGUUAUAAUCCUUUGAUGUCAUCUGUUGACCUCUGACCUAACGUGAGGGUAAUUCUGUAGCUUCUAACCCCCCCCUUUGUAUGUCUACACAAACAAAAACAUCCUUAUUUUCUAACUGUUUAUUUUCUGCAUGUUUUAAGGUUGUAGUGUAGGAGAAAGAGCUCAAUGUCAGACCCUGAGAGAAAUGUCAUCUGAACUUACUGUCACCACAAAGGUACAUUUAUUAGAAGCACAGUCUUAAACCAUAAAUUAACAUAUUGUCUUAAUUGAUCGACUAGAUGUUCGUGAUGAAGAUUUGAUUAAUACACGUCUAUCGUACAAUCCUAUACUGUUGUAAAUGUGUGUGUGUGUGUAACCAACUCCAUUCAAACUCAUCUGAAGUAACCCUGGGCCUCAAAUCCUAUUCGAAAUCGUUCCGUUAUUUGUUCUGUUUGCUCUAGCUUGCCUAGAGUGCCAGAUUGAAUCUUCACAAAACUAUCGUUCCAUGAUGUCAGGCAAGCUCAAUCGAGCUCAGAUAAAGGUAUAUGUAAUGUCUAUUUUUAACUUGAACCCAAGUCUCAUCAGAAGUCAAGGGGUCCCAAGCCAGAGGUCAGGGGGUUGACUGGUGAACUCCAUAACAGGACCGUUCCCCUGUUAUACCUUAAUACAGAUAUCAAACCAGAUCUCAGACCAGGGCUUCACUAUCCUACAGAUAUCAAACCAGAUCUCAGACCAGGCCUUCACUAUCCUACAGAUAUCAAACCAGAUCUCAGACCAGGCCUUAACUAUCCUACAGAUAUCAAACCAGAUCUCAGACCAGGCCUUAACUAUCCUACAGAUAUCAAACCAGAUCUCAGACCAGGCCUUCACUAUCCUACAGAUAUCAAACCAGAUCUCAGACCAAGACCUUCACUAUCCUACAGAUAUCAAACCAGAUCUCAGACCAAGCUACAGAUAUCAAACCAGAUCUCAGACCAGGCCUUCACUAUCCUACAGAUAUCAAACCAGAUCUCAGACCAGGCCUUCACUAUCCUACAGAUAUCAAACCAGAUCUCAGACCAGGGCUUCACUAUCCUACAGAUAUCAAACCAGAUCUCAGACCAGGCCUUCACUUCAUACGUACCCUUUUCAUACGAUCAUUCCAACCCCAACCAAACAAUGCUGGCUCUGAAGCCUUUUCCCAUGGUCCUUUUCAGCAGGUAGUGUAUGAUCCAUCCAACAACCUGCUGCAUAUAUUGUUAGACUGAUAAUGGUCCAAAGUGACAAUACAAUAAACAGUGGUUUCAUGCCAGUUCUGGCUUUCUAAGUGUUGACAAAGAAGAAAGGAUUUUGUAUGUAUUUUAACUUUACAGAAUUAAAUAAUUCUUUAUUUUCCAACACUGGUUAAAAAAUGUAUCUCAAGGUUUUUAAUGCUUAUAUUGCUGCUUUUGGGGAGAGGGUGAUCAUGUUGAUUUAGCUGAGGACCCCUAUGUAGAGAACACAGUGUGAGGGAAUGGCUUGAGUUACGUUUAUUUCACAGUGUUCUUUUUGUUGGCCGAUUUUUUUUUUUUUUUUUUUUUUUUUUUUUUUUUUUUUUUUUUUCCCCAAAUUACUUCACAAAAUGGAGGGUGUGUUUAUCACUGCAUCAGUGAGCCAGUGAGAAUUCCUCCAUUUUGAGGCGUAGAGUGGAUGGUCUCUACAGAACCACUCUGAUCCAAACAAGGAGGGGCAUCACAUCAGUAUUGAUAACGAAGACAAGAGACUGACUGUGGAACAGUUACUACCAGCGGCUGUGUGUACAUGUAUCAACCGUCUCCCGAGUAUACAUGCUGAUCUAGGGUCAGGUCCACACUGUCCAUGGAAUCUUAUUCAUUGUAAUCUAAAAGGCUAAUCUGAUCCUAGAUCAGCACUCCUACUCCGAGACCCUUUAUGAGUAUGGACAUACAGACAUACCUAAGUAAGAUAGACCUCAUUACCCGACUCUGGUACCUGUAGUUUUCAGAGCUAUGCGAUACACCUGCUGUUUAAUGGCGCUACCUUAAAGCCCGUUGUGAUUAACUUUCCAGCAUGCUGAUAUGCUCCCAAAAGUCAUGUUUCAUGUCUGCACAGUUCAAAUAAAAAAUCAAUUUUGUCAAGACAUUUUAGAUUAAAAAGCUUAAUACUAAUAAAUAUAUACAGCGAUUUUAAUAUCUGA